GGAGUUAGGGUACAUUCUGCGUUUAUGUCGGAAAAAACAUUUCCUCUUCACUUUUUUCAAUUUAAAUAAAGAUUAUAAUUACUAAAAUUUAGCUAUUCAUAAUUAAUGGAUCCAACAAUGGAUGAAGAGUUUUCAAGUGGCAAUGAAAACGCCACUGCAACUGUUAAUACUUACUUUGAAGAUUUUGCAGAUGAUUUUGAAAGCGGUUGGUCUACACAAAGCAAUCCUGGACAACAAGCACCAUUACAAAAAAAACCUCAACGUAAUCAAGAAGGCGAAAACAGUAACAAUUGGAACUCCAACCAACAACUGCAACAACCAGCUCCGUCAGUAGUGAAUGUGUUUAAAAGUCAUCCCCCAAGUUUUCAUCAGCCACCACCGAAAACGCAAUUAUGGAUUGAAAUAAAAACAGCUGAUGGAAGAUUAUACUACUAUCAUGCCGUUUCUCGUGAGACAACAUGGACAAAGCCAGAGGGACAAAAUAUUAAGAUCUUGACGCAACCCGAGUUUGAAGCACAAAGCAAGAACAUGAAACCAAUGACCGGUAGUCAAGAUUUCAAUGAUUCUAUGAAAAAAGUCGGAAUGCCUAUGGGAAAUUUUGGGGACAUGCCACAGCAACAAAUGCCACCUAUUCCUCACUUCAACUCGAGUGUGCCUCCUUCUGUUAUGAAUCCACCUUUUUCAACACCUUGGAACAAGUGGCAACCCCACCAUCCAUCAAAUGAUGAAACAAAAUUUCACGAUGACAUCAAUAUCGAUCCGAAAUUGAUUGCACGAGCAAAUGAAUGGAGUGAACAUCGAGCCCCAGACGGUCGUCCUUACUAUUAUAAUGCUUCACGUUGUGAAAGUGUUUGGGAAAAGCCAAACGAACUUAAAGAAUUAGAAGAGGCGCGGAUGUCUUUAAUGAAUCCCAUGUUAUCAAUGCAUUCACGACAAAAUCAACCACUUUCGAUGCCAUAUAAUAGUAACAUGACAAAAAUGAAUAAUUCAAUGAAUUUUGUGCAACAGCAACAGAUGAAACCAAAUAUGGCGACUCCAUCAGAGGUAGAAAAUAAAAAUAAGAAACAAGAAGUUGUUGAGAAAGUUAAACAGCCAGUUAAGCCUCAGGAUAAAAGUCGACCGAUUUCAAGUACACCAAUUUAUGGCACACCUUGGUGUGUUGUCUGGACAGGAGAUGGAAAAGUUUUCUUCUUCAACCCUUCGAGAAAAAUUAGUGUUUGGGAGAAACCAGAAGAUUUAAAUGGUCGAGCUGAUGUUGAUAAAGCGAUGAAUUCACGUCCAGAUCAAUUGAAAUCUGACGAAACAACAGAAAAUGUCAAAACACCACAAGAUGCACCAGAAGUAGGAUCUGCUGUAGUAAACUUGAAUCCAAUCUCAGAAAAACAUCCCAUCGGACAAGUAGAAGAUGAAUCAGCAGCAAAUUUACCCAUAAAGAAAUUGAAAUUGGAAGCAACUGAAGCUUCGACAUUAAAACUACAAAAUAUUCCCACGUUAGCAAAUGACAAGAAAGUUGACUCUUCAAUUGAUGGAGUUGCAGAAGCUGAAGCAAAAGCUGCAAAAGAAAGACAAAUUGUUCCACUCGAAGUUCGCGUCAAACAAUUCAAAGAAAUGUUGAAAGAGAAGGAAGUGUCAGCUUUUUCGACAUGGGAAAAGGAACUACAUAAAAUAGUAUUCGAUCCACGUUACUUGCUUUUGACAAGUAAAGAAAGAAAACAAGUUUUCGAGAAAUAUGUCAAGGAUCGAGCUGAGGAUGAACGUCGUGAAAAACGACAAAAAAUGCAAAAAAAGCGAAACGAAUUUAAAGCCCUUUUGGAAGAAGCAAAUUUACACUCAAGAUCGUUUUCAGAUUUCUGUUCAUCGAAAUUUUCUCGUGAUGAACGAUUCAAAGCCAUUGAAAAGAUGCGUGAAAGAGAAAAUAUCUUCAAUGAUUAUAUGGAUGAACUUCGUAGUAAAGAAAAAGAAGAAAAACAAUAUAAAAAAGAUCAAAUUCGCAAAGGAUUCUUCGACCUUCUGAAAUCAGUCCCUGAAAUCGAUCGUCAUACUCAUUGGAUGGACAUUAAGAAGAAGUUAGAACAUGAUAGUCGUUUCAAGGCUGUUAGCAAUUCAGUUUUACGUGAAGAGAUUUUUUAUUCUUACAUCAAAAAUCUUAAAGAAGAACGCAAGAAAAGAAAAAUUAAGAAGUCGGAAAAGAAAGAAAAGAAAAAAAUGAGAGAAAAAGAUCAAAAAGUGUCUGAAUCUGAAACGAAAGAAUCUGCUGAGAAUCAAGAAACAAAUGGAAAGAAUAAGUCAUCAAAUGAUUCCUCAAAUAAAACAUCAGAUCUAGAGGCAAAAUCAGAUGUUGGCACUGACAAAUCGCUAUCGGAAAAAGAAGAAGGCGAGGAAGAAGAAGGUGAGCAUUCUGGAACUGACAGUGAGACUGAGCGUGCUCGAAUAGAAAAAGAUCGUCAAGCAAGAGCUGAGGCAAGCAUUAAAGAUCGUGAACGUGAAGUUCAAAAAGCUUUAGCUGAAAACUUUCGAGAACGUGAUAAGGAGAGACAACACCACAUUAGAGAUGAAGCUGUCAGACAUUUUGAAGCACUUUUGGCAGAUUUAGUUCGAAAUACUAAUCUUACAUGGAAAGAAGCAAAGAAACAAUUGAAGAAAGAUCAUCGUUGGGAACUUGCUGAACAUUUAGAACGUGAUGAAAAAGAACGAUUAUUUGAUGAUCACAUCACGACAUUAUCUAAGAAAAAACGUAAUAAGUUCCGUGAAAUGAUAGACGAGAUCACAAGUUUGGAGCUUACGGCUUCUUGGAAAGAUGUCAAAAGACAAGUUCGCGAUGAUCCACGUUAUCUGAAGUUUGGCAAUAGUGAUGUGUGUGAAAUGGAAUACAAGUCCUAUAUAAGAGAUAAAACUGCCAUUGCGCGCUCUAGUUUUAAAGAAUUACUACAAGAAUGUAAGCUUAUUACGUAUAAGAGUCUGGAAAAUUACAAAGAAAAUCACAAUCAUUUGAAAGAAAUUGAAGAAAUUUUAAAAAAAGAUAAAAGAUAUCUUGUUCUGGAUCAUCUUUCUCGUGAACGCACUGACAUGAUCAUUUAUUACAUGGAAGAUUUGAAGAAACGAGGUGCUCCGCCACCUGUUACAGCAACUGAAUCAUCUCGUAAAAGUCAAAAAAUCAUUUUUUCUAGAUCCAGUUCAAUGACAAGUGAAGCGAAACGUAUCUCUGUCCACAGAACUCGUAAAAGAUUAAGAGAAGUAAAACGAAAAGCACGUCCUGAAUUGGGACAAACCUGGAAUGAAUUGAACUAUGCAGAAAAUUUCGAAAAAUUUAAGCAAUUUGAGGAUAAUGUCGAGCGAAUUCAUGCUCCAGAUGUAAACUGUCAAGAGUUUAUCGACCGAUACGAGAAACAUUAUAAACCAGUAGUCAUUACUGGACUUUUGGAAGGAUGGAAAGCAUCCAGUAAAUGGACCUUGGAGAGAUUAGCUAAAAAAUAUCGAAACCAAAAAUUCAAAUGCGGCGAGGACAAUGAAGGCUAUUCUGUCAAAAUGAAAAUGAAAUAUUACAUUCAAUACAUGACAGUAACAAAAGACGACUCGCCUUUAUAUAUUUUUGACAGUUCCUUCGGAGAACAUCACCGACGUAAGAAACUUCUUGAUGACUACAUUGUGCCAAAGUAUUUUCGUGAUGAUCUAUUUAAAUAUGCUGGAGAAUCUAGACGACCUCCUUAUCGAUGGUUUGUGAUGGGCCCUGAAAGAUCAGGCACUGGAAUACAUAUAGAUCCAUUAGGAACGAGCGCAUGGAAUUCAUUAGUCUUUGGUCAUAAACGAUGGUGCCUUUUUCCUACCCAUACACCUAAGGAACUACUCAAAGUGACUGCUGAGCUUGGUGGAAAGCAAAGAGACGAAGCAAUAACAUGGUUUAGUAAAAUUUAUCCUCGAUGUAAAGCAGCUGAUUGGCCAAGUGAUUGCAAACCUUUGGAGAUUUUACAAAAGCCUGGAGAAACUGUUUUUGUUCCUGGUGGUUUUUGGCAUGUUGUUCUCAAUUUAGACAAUACAGUCGCUGUAACUCAAAACUUUUGUAGCAAGACAAAUUUUCCAAUUGUUUAUCAUAAAACAGUUCGUGGUCGUCCAAAACUUUCAAAGAAAUGGUUGAAAAUAUUGAAAGAAGUCGAACCUGAACUAGCGAAACAAGCGGAAAACAUAAAUAUAAAUUCAAGCUCUGGUUUUGCUUCAGAUUCUUCAAGCAAUUCCAGUUCAUCAAGUUCUUCAAGUUCAGAUGAAGACAGUGACAGUUCUAGUUCAAACACCGAUAGUGGACAAGAGUCAUUGACAGCUCACAAGGCCAAAAAAUAUAGAAAAUUGGAUCAUAAGUCACCUUGUGGCUCAUCAUUGACGAAUUAGGAAAACACUAUAGGAAAAUUGUGAAUUCAUUCAAAAUUCUAAUAAAUCUGUCUUUCUUAAUGAAUAUCUAUGACUAAAAAAUAAAUUAAAUAUCGUUCUACUCCAAUUCAAUAAAAUAAUUUCGAGUGAAAGUUUUCCUUAAUUCAGAAUGUAUUCAUUAUUAAAAACUAUUUUCAAAAAUUUAUCCAAAUAUACUUUUAGCAAAACAUAUAACAAUAAGUAGAAAAUUUAAUUCGCUUAAGUCAAAAUCAUGUUUGAUUUUUUUAAUUUUACAGAUUUCAAUAAAAUAUUGUGAAAUAAAUUGUUCA